AUGCGUUUCGCUACUCUCGCCAUCUCGGCUUUGGCAACUUGUGCCAUCGCUCGCCCUGCCCCCAUGUCCCACGCCCCUGCUCCUGUUUUUGAGAGAUCAUUGCUAUCCGCAGCCGUCGACCUGCUCGACCCAGCUGCUGCCUUGGACGGACUCUCUGCCGAGGGAGCCGCUGCCUGGGUCGGAGCCAGUCUUGGCUUAGAGGCCAGCGUUAUUGAUGUCAGUGCCAGAACUGAUCUGGCUACUUGGAUCGGCGGUGCCUCCGUGAACCUGGAUGCAAGUGUCGUGGCUGCCAUUAAGGAUUGGUGCAAUGGCGCUUCUUCCGCCGAGUUGGAUGUCGAAGUUAUCGCUGAAAUCUCCCUCUUGACUCCCUUCGCCAUUGCCAUCGCUGCUGCGGGUGACCUUGUCGUUGACGUCGAGGGCAUUGUUUCUGUCGGUGCUGCUGUCGGUGUUGUUCUGGAGGCAUCUCUCCAGGCUACCCUUGAAACCUUUAUUGCCGCCAACGCUGAUCUUGACGCUGAGGUCAAGGUUGCUCUUAACAUCUGCGCUGCCGGUGGUCUAGUUGCUUCUCUAUCUGCUGAUGUCAAGGCCGCUCUUACCGCUUACCUUGAUGACGCUUCAUGCGGUCUUUCUGCCUCUCUCAAGGCUGCCAUCAAGCUCUGGCUCAGUGGUACCGUCGGUGUUGGUGUUUCAGCUCUCGGAACCGUCUCCACUGCCGCCUCAAUUUCUGCUUCCAUUGGCGCCGCCAUCGAUGCCGCUGUUGAUGUCUCUGGCAUUGUUUCCGCUUCCUACAUCAGCUCUCUUGAGGCCUGGAUCUCCGCCCAAACCGACCUGGACGCCGACAUCAAGGCCUGGCUAGAAGUCUGCACUGGUGCCGAGUCUGCCCUUUCCCUUGACGUUGACGCCGUGAUCAAGCUCACCGCAUGGCUCUUUGACUCCAGCUGCACUCUCUCCGCCCAACUCAAGGCCGUUGUCUUGGUCUGGUUGAACGUUCGCGUAAACCUUGCUGACACUGUCUCUGUCCUCGCUGCCGCCGACAUUGCUACCCUCACUGCCUGGAUUGGCGGUGAUAUUGCAGCCUCCCUCAGCGCCACUGUCAAGGGCGUCAUUGCCGUUGCCAUUGCCGGUGAAGCUGUUGUCAACGUCUCUGUCGACGCCGUUGCUGAACUUGUUGGUGUCCUGACCGGCUGCGUUAGCGGCAUCGAUAUCUCCGUUGACAUUCAAAUCAUCCUCGGCAAGUGGGUUUCUGGCGAAACCUGCGACUGCAAGAACAACAGCACCAAGAGAGCCCUUGUGUCUCACGCUUGA